ACAUUGCAAGAAACACAUUUCUGUUAGUUUUCUGAAAGAAAACUGCGUAAGUGGUUUCGUGGGUGCACAGCUGAUUUAUUUGUUUUUAUUUAAUUUAAUUCGGAGGAUUUCAGGCUGUGUCACGUGUUUUUUUUCAAAGCCACGCAGCGGGGUCAGAGUUCAGUAAAUACUGAUGAUGUCAUCGUCUGAAGAUGGCUGAAGGAGAAGGCUGGUGGGGAGGCUGGCUUCAGCAGAGUUUCCAGGCCGUCAAAGACAAGUCAUCUGAGGCCUUAGAAUUCAUAAAGCGAGACCUGACAGAGUUCUCCACCGUGGUCCAGCAUGACACGGCCUGCUCCAUCGUUGCCACGGCAACCGCCGUCAGAAACAAACUCGCUGUGGAAGGGUCUUCGGACACAACGGAAAAGGUGAAGAAGGGCCUGUCUAGUUUCUUAGGGGUGAUAACGGACACGCUCGCUCCACCUCCUGAUAAAACCAUUGAUUGUGAUGUCAUCACUUUGGUGGCGACACCCGCAGGAACCACAGAGGUCUACGACAGCUCAAAGGCGCGUCUCUACAGUCUGCAGGCGGACCCGGCGACCUACUGCAACGAGCCCGAUGGUCCACCAGAGCAGUUUGACAACUGGCUGUCCAGUUUCAGUCUGGAAGAAAAGAAAGGAGAAAUCUCUGAGCUCCUGGUCAACAGUCCCUCAAUCAGAUCCCUCUACACCAAAAUGGUGCCAGCUGCUGUAGCUCAUUCUGAGUUCUGGCAGAGAUAUUUCUACAAAGUCUUCCAGCUGGAACAGGAGGAGGCGAGGCGAGUGGCGCUGAAGCAGAGGGCGGAGCAGAGCGCGCACACGGAGAGCCUGGGCUGGGAGGAGGAAGAGGAGGACGACUUCCUGGGCUCCGCGUCGCCGUUUCGGCUGAGCUCCGCCUCCUCCGCGCUAAGCCCCGCCCCCUCCCCGCUAAGCCCCGCCCCCUCCCCCGGCGAGGAGCGGGAGGCCACGCCCUCGGUCAGCAGCGACAGCGUGAGCCUGCCCACGCAGGUGGAGGUCACGGUGGGCGGGGCCAAUGUGGGCGGGGCCAAUGUGGGCGGGGCCCACGACACUAAAGACGAGCAGAGACCCCAAAAAAGUGACUUGGACCACGAGGCUCCAGCAGAUUCUGUAAGGCAACCAGAGGCUCCGCCCCCCGCCGCCAAACAACCCGAACCCUCAAAAGAGGAGGGGCCACAGGACCUUAGGGUGUUUGAGCUGAACUCCGACAGUGGGAAGUCGACGCCCUCCAACAACGGAAAGAAAGGGUCCAGCACCGACGUGAGCGAGGACUGGGAGAAAGACUUUGACCUGGACAUGACAGAAGAGGAGGUCCAGAUGGCUCUCUCUAAGAUAGAAGACCCCGGAGAGCUGGAUGAGGACUGGGAGAACUGGGAGUGAGAGCGUGUCCCCGCCAUUAAAGCUAGUUCUGGGCAGAAGGAACCAUGCUUAUUGUGUUUUAACUCUUUGUCCACACCGUCACCAUGUCAUGAUUGUCAGCGGGGGGUUCCCAGGCCCGGACCACGCCGGUAAACCUGUAACGGGGAGACCGGGGCAAUAAGAAUUAGACCCUUCUGUGGGCUGUCGGAUUAUUGGACUGUGAGGAGGUAAAGGCUCAGUUUUAGGGAGCGGACACUGGCAGAAAACAGGUUUCAGUCACGCCGUGACGGGGGGGUUUCACCGACCCCCAAAAGCUGAGGAGGAGCUGUUUUUUUACGUGUUUUUUUUUUCUCUAAAUGCCAUCAAAUGCUUAGUUUAUGUUGCGAUCGUUUUUCAAGUCGACGAGCUAAAUACGGGCUGCAGAAAUGCCAUAAACUGUAACGCUGCUCUCUAAUGUCUCCUCUCUAGAAACGCUCCUGAAGUGGUCUGUGAGUGAUGUGAGUCUGUCUGAGCUCCUUUCCCCCCCCUUUUUUGUCAUCCUUAAUUAUGCAAGUGGAUCUUCAAAAUGGAAAAAGAAUACAUGUAUAUUUUGGCCUUAUUUUCUCCAAGCACUUUUUCGUUUUGGAUUCACUCCUAACUCGAGACAAAUGGCCUUUUUAAACACACACACACACACACACACACACGGUGGUGUGAUAAAGUUACCCAAAUGUUUUCGUUCCUUUCUGUGAAUAAUUACACACUAAACAUGUCAUUAUGAGUUCUUCGUCCUCUGUGUUUUUUUUGGGUCAAAUCAUUUUCAUAUGAUUGAUCAGUCUCUGUCACUUUGAAUUCUGUCACUUCCCAGAGUUAGGAUGUCUUAUUGUCUUAUUUAGGUAGGUGGGACGACUAUAAUCAAGAGCUAUGGACUUGAUGAGGUGACACUGAUCUUGUUAUGAUACAGAAUCCUUUGGUUUGACUUUAAACGUAGCUUUUCCUGCUAUCGGAGGAAGAGAUGUGUCAUUUUCAGUUUGUCUGUUGGUCAGAUUAGCUCAGAGGAGUGUGCUAAGUAGACCAAGAAUCUUUUCCGUCAUCUGUAAUGUAACUGGAGGAGUAAAGUGAGCCUAGGAGCAUAAUAUUUAUACGGAAAUAAUUGCUUAAUUAUUGUCAUUAUGUGCUUUCAAUUGCAUGUCUGUACAAUAACAUUAUGCAAAACAUUGUGCAGAUGGUUCCCGUUGAGUUGUAUGUUUUGGGUUGUUCUUCUCCAGGUCUUUUGUGUUGCAUGUCUGUGAUUCUGGGCUGUGUAUUUCCCUUCUGAGUCACACGUCGAACCAAUCGGAUCUGUUCUCUACACGCCGUCAGGUUCUGCUCUUUUUUAUUUUUUAUUUUUUAUUUUUUUUCCCCAUUCAAGUAUUUCAGUAUAUUUUUCAAACGAUCAUAGUCAUUAAAGGAUCCAUGGCUAAGAGGCGUUGUGUGAUUUAUUUAUUGAACUGUCCUGUUAACCCUUUAAAGCCUGAUCCAAGAAUAAAACAAAACAGAAAAUUACUUUCUUUUUUUUUUUAAUUCCUUAUUUGGCCUUUUAACAAAAUAUGUAAAAAGAAAAAACAAAAAUACAUUUUUAAUAUUAAUAA